UGUCUGUGUGUCCUGCCAACUCAUGAAGUGUGUCACUGUCACUUACGUUCUCGAGUAAUAGGCUACUUUCGAUAUUUCUACUUGUUAAUCAUGGAUGCCCCGUCAGGUUUCCGACAGCGUAAGUCAAAGACAAGUAGCCAGAAGCGGCGCCCUAAAGGUCACAAGGGCAAGCCACAGCUGUUUGAGGACACCAGUAUGCAACAGCCCCCACCCCAGCAGGGGUAUGGGGCACCGCCACCACCACCACCAGGGGCAGGGUAUGGUAACUAUGGUUACAAUGUUAACAAUAGUUACAGAGCGCCAGCCUCAGAAAUGGGACAAGGGUAUGACCAGGGUGGCUACGGGAAUCCAGUUAUGCAGUUUCCUGGGCAACAGUUUAUAAACGACCCAAUGAUGACCAAUAUGGCUAUGCAGUAUGGCUCUUCACUGGCUGACCAAGGCAAAGAUUAUGUGAACAAAAAUCUUGAAAAAUAUGUGUCAACAUCGAAACUGAAGUAUUACUUUGCUGUUGAUACAGCCUAUGUAGGGAAGAAGCUUGGUUUACUGUGUUUCCCAUUCUCACAUGCAGAUUGGUCAAUUAAGUUUAACCAGGAUGAGCCUGUAGCGCCUAGGUAUGAGGUGAAUGCUCCUGACCUGUAUAUUCCUCUGAUGGCCUUUGUUACCUAUGUACUAGUAGCAGGCAUAGUGAUGGGAACACAGAACAGGUUCACACCGGAACAGUUGGGAACACAGGCGAGCACAGCCCUAGUCUGGAUCAUCUUGGAACUGGUGGUGUUACUAUUUACCUUCUAUGUGAUGCACAUUAACACAGACCUCAAAUACCUUGACAUCCUUGCCUUCUGUGGAUACAAAUUCUUGGGGAUGAUCGUGAGUCUGUUAGCAGGGUUGCUGUUUCAAUCUACAGGAUAUUAUGCUGUCCUUUUAUGGUUUAGUUUAUCUAUAGCUUUUUUCUUGAUAAAAUCAUUACGAGUUCAAAUAUUACCUCACGCAGAAGGAGACGGUUUCUCAAAGGGAAAUAAACGGAGCCUUUACCUGAUUCUGUGUAUAUCUCUAGUGCAACCUUUCAUGAUGUGGUGGUUGACCAGUCAUAUCAUGUUUGUCAGGAAAUGAUGGCUGCCUUGCUGAAACCAACUCCAUGAAUGAUAAACUUGAUAAAGAGAAUGAACAUGAUGAUGUGUGUAGUGUCAUUUUGGUAGAUGUAUAACAGGUUACCUCGCCAAACAGACAAAAGAUAUUUCAAUUUUGGCAGGUGCUUGUAUUGUAGUAUGAAGUGGGGACAUGUCUUGUUCGCCUGUCAUUUUUGCUAACACAACAAGAUAUCUGUAGAGUUCAAAUAUUUUGUCCUGUUAAACAAAGUACUUCAUGCUGAAAAUGAGGUGAAUGAAUUUCUGCAUAGAUUUACUACGGAAUUUUGUCCCUUUCAUUAUCAUGACUACAAUACAUUAAUCAAUAAAGUAAGAAUUUGAGAUACCGGUAAUGUACUAAAAAUAAUGUGCAGAAAAGUAAGAAUUUGGAAUAUUGUACUGAAAAUAAUGUGCAAAAAUGGCAACUGCCUGAAUUGGAAUGGACGAGCUGUAUACAUGUAUAUACAUACAUUUGAACAUUCAUGUACCAUACAUCAUUUGAUGUGGAUGCUCUAUACGUCAAAUGAAAAGUGCUGUUAUUGUGUGCUCUAUCAUUUUCUGUAAAUUGUUAUUUGAUUGUCUAGGUUCUUGCUUGACAAUAAAAUAUUUGGUAAAAAUAGCCAAAAGUACCUGGUUAUGGCAUGAGCCUCCAAUCAGAAGUGUAUGUGUUUACAUUGUACAGUGUAGGAUCUGUGAGGAUGCUCCCAUCAGAAGUGUAUGUGUCUACAUUGUACAGUGUAGGAUCUUUGAGCAUGCUCCCAUCAGAAGUGUUUGUGUCUAUGCUGUACAGGGUAGGAUUUGUGAGGAUGCUCCCAUCAGAUGUAUA